UAGUCAUCGACUCCCGGGAAAGGGUAGAAGAAGGGGACCUAUUAUGGGACAUACAAUGCAUUACAGACGUAUGAUCAUUACGCUUGAAUCGGGUUAUUCUAUUCCACCUCUUAUAGAGAAAAGAACUUAAAGCAAAAUACUUAAUAACAUGGCGAUACAUUUAUACAAAACUUCUACCCCUACCCCGAGCACAGGAUUAAUAAACAGUCAAGUGAAAUCCAAUCCACGAAAUAAUUUGAUCUAUGGACAGCAUCGUUGUAGUAAAGGUCGUAAUGCCAGAGGAAUCAUUACCGCACGGCAUAGAGGGGGAGGUCAUAAGCGUCUAUACCGUAAAAUCGAUUUUCGACGGAAUGAAAAAGACAUAUCUGGUAGAAUCGUAACCAUAGAAUACGACCCUAAUCGAAAUGCAUACAUUUGUCUCAUACACUAUGGGGAUGGUGAGAAGAGAUAUAUUUUACAUCCCAGAGGGGCUAUAAUUGGAGAUACCAUUGUUUCUGGUACAGAAGUUCCUAUAUCAAUGGGAAAUGCCCUACCUUUGAGUGCGGAUAUCCCCUUAGGCAAGGCCAUACAUAACAUAGAAAUUACACUUGGAAAGGGUGGACAAUUAGCUAGAGCAGCAGGUGCUGUAGCGAAACUGAUAGCAAAAGAAGGUAAAUCGGCCACAUUAAGAUUACCAUCUGGGGAGGUCCGUGUGAUAUCCAAAAACUGCUUAGCAACAGUCGGACAAGUGGGUAAUGUUGGGGUGAACCAAAAAAGUUUGGGUAGAGCCGGAUCUAAGUGUUGGCUAGGUAAGCGUCCUGUAGUAAGAGGAGUAGUUAUGAACCCUGUAGACCAUCCCCAUGGGGGCGGUGAGGGGAGAGCCCCAAUUGGUAGAAAAAAACCCACAACCCCUUGGGGUUAUCCUGCGCUUGGAAGAAGAAGUAGGAAAAGGAAAAAAUAUAGUGAUAGUUUUAUUCUUCGUCGCCGUAAAUAGGAAUAUUGAAAAUAGAAUUUUUUUUAUUUGAAAAAAAUGUAAUGGGCGAACGACGGGAAUUGAACCCGCGCAUGGUGGAUUCACAAUCCACUGCCUUGAUCCACUUGGCUACAUCCGCCCCUUUUCUAGCUAAAGGAUUUUCUCUUUUUUCCAUUCAUCAUUAUUGUAUUUAUUCUGACCUCCAUACUUAACUUAGAUCGAGAUAUUGGACAUAGAAUGCUAAUCUUUAAAAUAAAAAAUGUAAAAAAAGGAGUAAUACACUGUGACAUGACACGUUCACUAAAAAAAAACCCUUUUGUAGCUAAUCAUUUAUCGGCAAAAAUUGAAAAACUCAACACGAGGGAAGAGAAAGAAAUAAUAGUAACUUGGUCUCGGGCAUCUACUAUUAUACCCACAAUGAUUGGCCAUACAAUCGCUAUUCAUAAUGGAAAGGAACAUUUACCUAUUUAUAUAACGGAUCGUAUGGUGGGUCACAAAUUGGGAGAAUUUGCACCUACUCUGUCUUUUACGAGACACGCAAGAAACGAUAAUAAAUCUCGUCGUUAAGUUCAUUUCUUAUACUUUAUAUACUUAUGUAUUUGUAUUUAAUAUACAUAUAUACAAUCUAAAUAUCUAAAUAUGUUAUACAAUAUAAAUAAAUAUGUAUGCUAUACGCAAAAAAUAAAUAAAAAAAAGAAGUGCUUAACAUUCAUUGCAUCAAACAAAAUAACAAUAUGAUAAAUAACUCAAUUUCAGAUAAAGAAAUAAGAAUUUUAGUUCAAAAUAUAUGUAAUAUGUCUGUUUUCAAAGGGCGAAGAGUAAUUGAUCAAAUUCGUGGGCGUUCAUAUGAAGAAACACUUAUGAUAUUGGAACUCAUGCCUUAUCGAGCAUGUUAUCCAAUUUUAAAACUGGUUUAUUCGGCAGCAGCAAAUGCUAGUCAUAAUAUGAAUUUGAAGGAAACUGAUUUAUUUAUUAGUGAAGCUAAAGUUAAUAAGAGUAGUUUUAUAAAAAAAUUAAGACCUCGAGCUCGAGGACGUAGUUAUGGUAUAAAAAGUCCCACUUGUCAUAUAACAAUUGUAUUAAAAGAAAAAUCUAAAUUUUUAUUAGAUAAAUCUAAGAUUUAGAUUCGUUAUAUUAUUUAUAGUCAAAUAUAAUAUAUGGGUGGAAAAAAUAUAAUAGAAAAAUAUGGGACAAAAAAUAAAUCCACUUGGUUUCAGACUUGGUACAACUCAACAUCAUCAUUCCUUUUGGUUCGAGAAACCAAAAAAUUAUUCUGUAAGUUUACAAGAAGAUGAAAAAAUAAGGAAUUGUAUUAAGAACUAUGUACAAAAAAAUAGGAGAAUAUCCUCGGGUUUCGAAGGAAUUGCACGGAUAGAAAUUAAAAAAAGGAUCGAUUUAAUUCAGGUCAUAAUCUAUAUUGGAUUUCCUAAUUUCUUAAUAGAGGGCCAAACAGGAAGCAUCGAAGAAUUACAGGUGAAUAUACAAAAAAAUUGCAUUCUGUGAACCGGAGACUCAAUAUUACUAUUACAAAAGUGGAAAAACCCUAUGGGCAACCUAAUAUUCUUGCGGAAUAUAUAGCUUUACAAUUAAAAAAUAGAGUUUCAUUCCGAAAGGCAAUGAAAAAAGCUAUUGAAUUAGCUGAACAAACAGAUACAAAAGGAAUUCAAGUGCAAAUUGCAGGGCGGAUCAACGGAAAAGAAAUUGCACGUGUCGAAUGGAUCAGAGAGGGGAGAGUUCCCUUACACACAAUUCGCGCUAAAAUUGAUCAUUGUUCCUAUACAAUUCGAACUAUUUAUGGAGUAUUAGGCAUCAAAAUUUGGAUAUUUUGGGAGGAGCAAUAAUAGACUUUUAUUUGUCUUUCCUUUCUAUUCAG